GUGCCCCGCGCGCACCACAGAGCGUGGCGCCGGCCCCGCCGCUCUCCCCGGCUGGCUCCGUGCGCGCGAGGCGGCGCGGCCGCGGCGACAUGGCGGGCGUGGGGCGGGCGGAGGAGCGGGAGCAGCACCUGAACGGCGAGCUGCCCCCCGAGCCCGAGGACAGGGACGGCGCGGCCGGGCUCGGCGCUGACGAUGGCGCCAAGAAGAAGCGCAAGAAGAAGAAGAAGGGCAGAGCGGGCCCUGCGGGACAAGAAACUGAUAAAGAAAUGGAAGGUGCUCUUGAUGAUGUAGCAAAACAAUUGGACAAGCAAGCCCUGGAGGAGAAAGAAAAAGAUGAUGAUGAUGAUGAUGGAGAUGGUGAAGGAGAUGGAGCAACUGGGAAAAAGAAGAAGAAGAAGAAAAAGAAGAAAGGACCUAAGGUCCAGACAGAUCCACCUUCUAUUCCAAUAUGUGAUCUAUUUCCCAGCAAUGUAUUCCCAAAGGGAGAAGAAUGUGAAUAUCCACCAACACAAGAUGGGCGAACUGCUGCUUGGAGAACAACUAGUGAAGAAAAGAAAGCACUAGACCAAGCCAGUGAGGAAAUCUGGAAUGAUUUUCGGGAGGCUGCAGAGGCACACAGACAAGUGAGGAAAUACGUUAUGAGCUGGAUAAAACCUGGAAUGACAAUGAUAGAAAUCUGUGAAAAGCUAGAAGACUGCUCACGUAAGCUGAUAAAGGAAAAUGGUUUAAAUGCAGGUCUUGCAUUUCCUACGGGGUGUUCUCUGAAUAACUGUGCUGCCCACUACACUCCCAAUGCUGGAGAUCCAACAGUCCUGCAAUACAAUGAUAUUUGCAAAAUAGAUUUUGGAACACAUAUUAGUGGUCGAAUUAUUGACUGUGCUUUUACAGUCACAUUCAAUCCAAAAUAUGACAGACUAUUACAAGCUGUAAAGGAUGCCACAAAUACUGGAAUAAAGUGUGCUGGAAUAGAUGUACGUCUCUGUGAUGUGGGAGAGGCCAUACAAGAAGUUAUGGAGUCUUAUGAAGUUGAAAUUGAUGGCAAAACAUACCAAGUGAAGCCAAUCCGCAAUUUGAACGGACACUCCAUUGGGCCCUAUAGGAUACAUGCAGGAAAAACAGUACCCAUUGUGAAAGGAGGAGAAGCCACAAGAAUGGAGGCUUCCAAGAGCGAAACACUUGCUAAACGUUAUCAACGAAAACUUUGGUACUCUUGCCUUCUGCCGGCGGUGGCUGGAUCGCCUGGGGGAGAGCAAAUACCUGAUGGCUCUGAAGAACCUGUGCGACCUGGGCAUCGUGGAUCCCUACCCGCCCCUGUGCGACAUCAAGGGCUCCUACACGGCGCAGUUCGAGCACACCAUCCUGCUGCGCCCCACCUGCAAGGAGGUUGUCAGCAGGGGCGACGACUACUAACUCAGAGCCACCUCAGCACCUUUGUACUCCAGGCUUUCUUGGAACAUACUCUACCAGAAUUAAUUUGCAACACAUUGUCUGUUUUAACAGUGGACCGAUGUUAAUACUUUCCGUAUUUGGAAAGGAAGGAAUUUAAUCUAAGGCAAGUCUUCUAAUUGUAACUAACCAUGGAAAAAGCUUUCAGGCCUUUAGAAAUAUUUCAAAAGUUACUUAUUUUUUCUGUUCAGGGAAAUACGUGCUAUAAAGCUCAAUUUUUAGUUUGGAAUGAGUUAUACAUUUUGUUCUGAACAUUUAUGAUAAAAGAUGCUUUUCAAAUAUUUAUAUGACCAUAUUCCUACUUGAAUGCUUUGAAUGACUACACCUGAUUUCUGCGCCCCAGUCCUCUAUGAUAUUGCCUUUUAAACUUCCUGGAAUCCAUUUUGUAAAAAAUAAAGAUAAAUUUUCAAAUCUGAAAAUAUAUAUAAUUUUUAGAAGUCUGGUUAUGAUUCUGGUCAGGAGUCCACUGGGAAACUGCUCUAUUAAAUAUUUUACAAACUUGA